AUGAUGAUCAUUGUUUCUCUUCUCACCUGGGCAUGGACUGCACAGGCAGCGCCAAUGUCAACAGAUCGAGCAGAAAACCCCGCCAGAACGACUACUACAACAUCAUCCAAGAGGCUCUUAGCCAUCCGAUCUGAAAACGAUGGAGAAUCACAGGGAAGCAUCAUUGCUGCAGGUGUUAUUUUCUCUCUCGUGGUCGUCGCUACCAUAGUCGGUCUUGCCAUCGUGUACUUCAGAGAUCCGCAAAACUUCCUGAAGCGUCGCCAGAAGAAAAAGACGGGUCGCGAUUCUACAAGCUCGACGGAGCCCUUGUCCGAAGACUAUCUGAAGCGGUCGUCAUCACUAAUCUCGGACCGCGAGUCCAUUAUGUUCAGCAGAAGCCGCUCGUCGUCGUUGCAGUUUGCCGUGGUGGAGUCUGAGAAGCCACCACCACUGCCAAAAGUCUUGUACGCCCCUCUGGAGCAGAUCGACACGUCGUAUAACGCGGGGAAUAUUGUCAUGACCGACCCGCACCAGCAUGACCCCCACGUCUCCGAGAAAGGCACAAACACGUCGACAAUCCCUGUGGUCAUUACGCCUCCUCCCGACACUCCCACCUCGCAGCCGCAGACGACAGUAGCCCGUCCUGCGGAUCUCAAAGCCUCAGCGCCGAGUCAGAAUCCACCUACAGAGAAGCAGCAAAGCUCCAGUCGGGAAGAAGUGAGCACCCAAAGCACCACAUCCGCAUCCCACGCCGAUGACGAGUCAUCAGCCUUGCUCCCACGGUCAUGA